AUGGAUCUUGCUUUUAUGUAUAUUAAAUCUAAUGGUGGAAUAGAUACAGAAUGGUCAUAUCCUUAUCAAGCUGAACGUCAAAAAUGUCGUUUUUAUCCAAAAAAUAUUGGUGCUACUGAUACUGGUUUUGUUGAAAUUAAAAUGGGAAAUGAAACAGAUCUUCAAUCUGCUAUUGCUACUGUUGGUCCAAUAUCAGUAGCUAUUGAUGCUUCGAAAAGUUCAUUUCAAUUUUAUUCAUCGGGAAUUUAUGAUGAACCUCAUUGUUCAACACAUUUACUUGAUCAUGGAGUUUUAUCUGUUGGAUAUGGUAUUAUUAAUUCAUUAGAUUAUAAUAUUGUUAAAAAUUCUUGGGGAAUCAAUUGGGGAAAUCAAGGUUAUAUUUGGAUGAGUAGAAAUAAAAACAAUCAAUAUGGAAUAGUUAUUGUAGCAAGUUAUCCACUUGUUUAA